AUGACAUCUACCUCAAAUAGUACUACCUCAAAUAACUCUGUUGUCAAUAGUAGUUCAGGUUUUAAUAAUAAUACGAUGAUGAAUAUUGGUAUCAAAGUUACAAAGGUCGAUUGUAAUACCAACGAUAUAGAGUACAAUUACAGUUUUGAUCCAUCUGAGAAGUUUAAGAAUUGGGUAAAUGAAGGUGUUGAGAAUUAUAAAUUAGUUAAUGAUAAAUGGAAGAGUAAGAAUAAGAAUAAAGGAAUAACAGCAACAGUCAAUAAUAAUAACAAUAAUAAUAAUAGUAAUGAUAUCAAUGGUGAUAUCAGUAGUAAUAAUAAUAGUAGUACAACUAAUAACAGAAACAACACUGCCAACGAUAUAAGAAAUGUAGAUGCCAUUCAAGUGAUCGAUGAACUUCUCAAUAAGAAUGGUGUAUUUUCAAAACGAGUACCACUACCCGACUUGAUAUCAAUAUUAGUUGAAGAAUGGGAAGCAAAUGAAAAUACACUCUAA